CAGUCUUGGAUAAGCAAACAUCUCACGAAAUCAGUCAAUCUUCUGUAUAAAAGCAAGCUUGUCGCGAAAACUCGACAUAUAUUAAACCAGUAUAAGUUGUUAUAUAACUGCAAACGUUUCUACAGAACGUGAAAAAAUUCUGACACAAACCUGAAGCUUGUCAGGUGAUAAUUCCAUUUAUUACCAGCCAUUGAUGACCUUAUCCUUAUGCAACACUGUUGAAAAGUAAAGAAAUUUUCGAUAGCGCGUAGUUCGGCUGCAAUUUCAGUUUUGCUCUGUUUUCACAUAAUGGUACUGGUUUAUGGGACACCGCUUUUUUUCCGUUAUUUCGGUCUGGAAGCUCGAUUUUCCAAUUACGGCAAUACAGUAAUCGUUAAGAGAGACAAUGGUGAAUGGUGGCUGGGAUACGUUCAAGAUAUUGAUGGAGAUCUGUUUUAUAUAAAUUUCGACAGUAGCACCGCCGGCCCAUCAUGGAUCCAUGCUCGUCAUAUCUGGCCGCACGAAUAUUUUAAAGGUGGAAGCUCGGUUUAUAUGGGCCAACGCGUGCAAGUAGCAGUGCGUAACGAACCGGGUGGGCCAUUUAUAUUUCGGGCAGGCCGAAUUGCUUAUGUGCCACUGCAAAAAUACUCUAUAUGCUGGAAUGUAAAUUUGGAUGAGCAUCUAUCCGGCGAUCAUUUGUCUAAUUGUAAGUGCAAAUUCGUUUACGAGUCCCAGAUUGUCAUGGAGUUACCGCUCGCGGAAGAGCUAUGCUUUUAUCGAAAUAAUGCAACGUUCGUGUACAAGAAAUACGUCAUACCUUUUAAGCAAGCUUAUCUGAUAAGAAAUCUGGAUGCCGUGUCUGGUUGUAUUUUUCCUGCGCCCCGUCCUCCAAGCAAAAUUGUGCGGUGGAGCGUUUUUGCCUCUCGAUUUUUUGUGGAGUUUGGUACGGAUUUUGUCAGUUUUGUUGUUGCUGAAGGACGUGACACAAUCGGGGGCCAGGAAAUUAUUGAUAGCGAGGAUUACCUUAAGCGUAAAAGCCUUCUAGCCGCUUGUGAAAGCCUUCUAGCCGUUCAACCUCCGCCUGGGGCCCAAAGGUCAACUCAGCUUAACUACAACUGCCACGACACCAAUAUGGAGGGCUUCCCAAUUAACGAUCUUCCUCAGCCCAUUUUGGUUGCAGUUCUUCUUCAUUUCCAUGCGCGUGUCCAAGGAAGGAUGCACAGAGUGUGCAUGUUGUGGCACUUAAUGCUGCCGGAUCAUCUCGUCACCACCAACGUCUUAGUUGAUAUCAGCGUAAAAAUCGAUGACAGGGAUGUUACACAGAACCAACUCCUUGCUUUUAAAUAUAUGAACUCCCUUUACAAUGACGAGUUUAAUCUCACGAUGGUUUUGGAUCAAAUGAUCACCAGUCGCACGAAAACGCUUACCCUUGUCGAUCUUACGGUUAGCGGCAAAACGGAAUUUGAAAACCGCGCGUACAUCACAACGAAAGUUCUGCUUGCCAAAAGAAUCAGAGUCCCUGUAAUCAUUAUCAGAAACUGCCGGAAUCGGUACGGGGAGUUAAUAAAGAAUACAGCAACAACUGAAAAUUACGAAUGCCAAAAUUUCUCAAAACUGGUGGACGUUUGUGAUAAGCUGCUGAUAGUAAAUCAUGAAUUUACCGCUGGUACUUUUUUCCGUGAACAAGCAUUGUGCUUGGAAGAGCCACAAGUAAUUCCAGAGACUGAUCGACCUUUUGUGCGGCCUUAUUGCCACGACAGAGGAAGUCGGGUGGUUAAAAUCGACCGUCUCCUUCUACGCUCCACGGAAACAAUAGAGCAACACGUCCGACUUCUCUUAUUGGCAGCUAAUAACAGUUAUCCGCUUGUAAACAAGUUCAUCUAUGACAAAAUGACAUGUAUACACAAGCGUUGGCUACAAACCCUGGCUUACCCGGAAGAAUGGGUCGCAGUCCGAAACUUUCUUAACCUGUGAGUAAAAUAAUGAUAUUAGGUUCAGUGGAUUUCACUUGGAUGGAACUCCGCACCGAUGGGAUGCAAUGGAUCUCCGGGAGUUAGACAUAACCGCAUUGAGCAAAAUUACUUUAGCGGCGAUAGACGAAAUUUUUAAAGAUGCAGACAAUGACUGAAUUGCAAGGAUUACGAAUAGCUGUUUCUGCCUCUUUAUUAACACAAGCCAGUCACAGUGCAAAUUUUUUUAUUAAAACAAUUUUCUGC